AUGGACUUGACGCGCGUAUCUCCGUCCCGUUUGCGGGGCCUGUGUCCGUAUCUGCGUGGACUGCCUCGUGCAACGCUGUGCCAUCUCGCACGAUCAUUCUCCAUGGCAAGUCGCACGGGCGCAAGCGGCGGACUGCUCUCUCGUGUCAAGCAGUGCCCGUACAUGAGCCAGUCGAUCGCCGAGACAGAUUGCUCCACGGACACCAUGCCGUCGGGUACCACGGUAGGCGGCGCUUCGUCGUCGGUGAACGACAUGGUCGUGCCUCACCCGCUUCCGAAAGCGAUGGUCGAAAUGUCUGGUGGCGUCUGCCCCGUCUCCCACCAGCGCUUGCCCACCUCGAUGAUGCAAAAGCGCACGUAUGCUACGCAGAGCACCUUGGCCAAGGCAUCCAUGGUAUCGCUGAAUCCGUCUGCCGCGGCUUCCAUGCCAGCUCCUGCUACGCUCGAGGCAGCUCCGUACCAGAGGCGCACGCCCGGCUCGGGUCUGGGCCGCCUGCCUGAGCCUCCCAAGACCACGGACCCUGGCUUCGACUUUGAGCGCUUCUACCACGAAGAGCUGAAGCAAAAGCACGACGGCAAUACGUACCGCUACUUUAACAACGUGAACCGCCUGGCUCAACGUGCGCCGAUGGGCCACCUGACAGAGAACGAGGCGCACGAAAUCACGGUGUGGUGCUCGAAUGACUAUCAAAACAUGUCGCGCCACCCCCGUGUGCUGUCUGCGAUGGCCGAGACACUGAGCAAGUACGGUGCUGGAGCUGGUGGUACGCGCAAUAUUGCUGGCCACAACAUGCACGUCGAGCGCGCGGAAGAAGUGCUAGCUCGUCUGCACCGCAAGGAUGCUGCGCUGGUGUUUGGAUCGUGCUAUGCCGCGAACGAUGCGACGCUUACGGUAUUGGGCUCAAAGCUCCCGGACUGUGUGAUCCUAAGUGACGCCAGCAACCACGCCUCGAUGAUCCAGGGCAUCAAGCAUAGUGGUGCCCGCAAAAUGAUCUACAAGCACAACGACAUGACUGAUCUGGAAAACAAGCUCAAGAGCCUGCCUUUGUCGACGCCCAAGAUCAUUGCUUUCGAAUCGGUGUACAGCAUGUGUGGCACAAUAGGACCGAUUGAGGAGACGAUUGCUCUCGCCAAAAAGUACGGCGCCAUCACGUUCCUCGACGAGGUCCAUGCUGUCGGUAUGUAUGGCCCACACGGCGCUGGUGUGGCGGAACAUCUCGACUGGAUGCUCAAUGCCACGAUGCCACCUGGUAAGCUGCGUGGCACGGUGAUGGACAAGAUCGAUAUUAUCACGGGUACUCUUGGUAAGGCGUACGGAAAUGUGGGUGGCUACAUCGCUGGCUCGCACCGCAUGGUCGACCUGAUCCGCUCGUAUGCGCCGCAGUUCAUCUUUAGUACGACGUUGCCUCCGGCCGUGCUAACGGGCGCUGCGACGGCCGUGGAAGUGCUGAUGGAAUCGAACCACACGCGUCAGCUGCAGCAGAUUCGCACACGUGAGCUCAAGAAUGCGCUACUCGAUGCGGGCAUUCCGCUCCAGAGCAACCCUUCGCACAUUGUGCCUGUGCUCGUUGGCUCGGCAGAGAAGGCGAAACAGGCGUCGGACCUGCUCUUAAACCAGCACGGCUGCUACGUUCAGCCGAUCAACUAUCCUACGGUUGCUACGGGCCUAGAGCGUCUGCGCAUCACGCCCACUCCGGAGCACACGUCGCAGCACGUCCGUCACCUUGUGCAAGCUCUGCAGCAGGUGUGGGACCAGCUGGGCCUGCGCACGGUGCAAGACCUUUUAGAUGCUCCACGUGAUGGCUCCGACGUGCUUGCUGACCUGUUCCGUCGCUCGCAGUUCGAAGAGGACACGUCGCCGCUGUGGAGUGACGCGAUGCUCGCCCUCCCCAGCGAAAUGAUUACGGGCAGUUCGUCCGCUGCUUUCCACUGCGGGUGCAGCAAGGUCGACAUGCCAUCGCCCUCGACGCUGGUGGCCUAG